AGUUUUUACUAUAUGCAUAUAGGGAAAAUCAAUGACCCCCUGGGGCGGGGCCAAUUUUGACCCUAGGGCUUUUAUUUGAACAAACUUUGUAGACACUCAUUAGAGGAUGUUUCAUGCCAAAUAUCUAAGCUCUAGCUCUUACGGGUCUUUAAAAGAAGAUAUUUAAAGAUUUUUCUUUCGGUUACCAUGGCAACCAGAGUUCUGCAUGAAAUGGAAUUCUUUGAACAAUCUUGAUAGAGCUUCAUACAAAGAGUAUUCCUGCCAAGUUUCAUUAACAUUGGCCUUGAGGUAUCAUAUAAGAUGUCCUUAGAAUAUUUAAAAUGUAGACGGACGACGGACGACGGACGCCAUUUGGUUGGCCAUCCUAAAAGCUCACCUGCACUUUGUGCAAGGUGAGCUAAUAAAAAGUAAACCUCUAAAACAUAACAUAUAAAUAAUUUAUUUGGCAUACAUUAAAUUUUGUUUAAUAUCCAGCAUAUAAUCAGGAUCAUUUGAACGAAUCCUGAAAUAAUUUUACAAAAGGAGAAGAAAAAAAAUUCUUACAAGUAAUAUCAUAUUUUUUUCACAAUAAAAUAGAACUUUUAAAGGGAUACUUAGGCAAAUUAAUGACAAAAAUAUUAAAAUUAUUUUAUGUACUAAAAUCACGCUAAAAUGACAUUUGUAAAAGUCUCAACAUGAAUUUCCUUAUCAAUUUUAUAUACUAUUUUAGGUUUGAAGCGUAAAUAUAUCUGUAUACGUUGAACAAAAUUUAGACGCCGACGGAAUCACCGGCUAUUAUUCUGAAAUCUUAGCUUUUAACCUCUGCCCCACGUGUGUCAAGUUAGAAAACUUUAUUAAACUGAUUUAAAUCUUAUCAGUAAAUGACACGACACCAUAAAUUCCUUCUUAUCAAGCAUAAAUUAUGAAAGACAAAAAUGCUGUAUCUGAUUCUUUAAACUUAUUAAGUUAAGUCAUUGUAAUAUAAAACACCUGAUACACUGAUAUAAAUUCAUGCUGUAAUCAGAUUAUUCAGUAUUGAAUUUCAAAACAGUUUAAACAUUUCACUUGUUUUAACCGAGACUGCUUUGCUAAAUGAACUUAGUUAAGAAUGAAAAUGAAAGCAUUUUUAUUUUCAUGCAAUACAAUUUUUAAAAAUUAACAAUAAAUCUCAAAACUAAGUGUUUAUUUGUUCAAGUGAAUUACACAGACAAAAAAUUACAAAAUGGCUGCAAAUUUCAGUGGAUCACUAACACAAGACUCUGAUGAAAUUAAAGAAAUGUAUUGUGAGGAAUGUGACAGACAUGGUGAUGGUUAUGCUACAGCUGUAGCUUUCUGUGUAGAUUGUGUAGAUUAUAUAUGUGUGACCUGUCAAAGAUAUCAUAAAAGACAAUUUAAAACUCACAAAAUCCAAGACAGUAACAGUAUGCCACAGGAUUUUUAUUUUGAGAAAUGUUCCACUCAUCCUGGACAGCUGGUCAAGUUUUUUUGCUCUGAGUGUAGCAAAGAAGCCUGCAAAGAAUGCAAGGAUAAUGAGCAUGUCAACUGCAGUGAUGUUAGCCAUUUACCAACUGUUGCUUCAGACAUACAAAAGAGUGAUGAACUAAGAAACUUUAGCAAAAAUAUGGAUCAAUUGUCUAAGAAUAUAAAAGACACAGAAAAGUUGUUGGAUGCCAAAUGUGAAGUGAUUAAGAAACAAGAGGAAAAUGCAACUUAUGCAUGUAAAGAGCAAAGCAACAAGCUGAUAUCAACUUACAAACAACAUCAUCAAGAUCUAAUUGAUAAUUUUGAUAAGAAAAUGGAAGAUACCAUUGCUAAGUUGAAGAAAGAAAGGUCAGAACUAGUUCAAAUGUUAUCUGAAAAGGGAAGAAAGUUUGAAGAAAAAGUAGGAAAAGCUGAAUCCAAUAUGAAAGAAGAGGUUGUUAAGACAAACACUGAUUUUAAAAAAGUCAAGUCUGAACAUUUGUAUUUGGUUGGAAAUUUGAAGGCUCUUACUGUUGAUCUAGAGCAGGCUCAGAAAUUAGGUAAAAACUGUGAACUAUUUAUAAAACUGAAGUUAGUGAAACAAAUGUGUAAACAAAUUCAAGUCACCACUAACCAAAUUCAACAUUCCUACAUACAGCAAUACAAACUCAACAUAUCUGACAUUCCACCAAAAGUAAAAUCUUUAGAGAAUCAAACAAGGUUUUUCUCAUUAGAUAAAGUGCAUGCAUCAGCUGAAGAGAGAAAGAUUACCUUUAAUUGUGAUAUCAAUCAUGAGUUUGCAAGUAUAACUUCUUUACUUGUGCUAUCUGAACAUACACUUCUUGCAUUAAGUUAUAAAAGGUGUAGUCUAGUCAUAUUUAGGCUUGAAAAGUCAAAGGCAGAAUAUAUAAAAGAAACAAAAUUUAACAUUUCUCCUUGGGGAAUAGCAAAGGUUUCAGAUAAUAAAAUUGCUGUAACAUUUCCAUAUGAAGAAAAGAUCAGACUGAUUACAUUUUCUGAGGAAAUGGAAGUUUUAGAUACCACUGAGAUACCAGGACAUGGUCGUUGUUUUGGUAUUGCUUACAGUAAUAACCAUCUUGUUGUUUCAUACAGGUAUACAGGUAGUUUAGAGAUUUUAAGUAUGUCAGGUAAAAUAGUGAAAUUAUUUGACAAAGAUGACAAUGAUCAAAAUCGGUCUACCUUUCCUCAUUACUUGACUGUCAGUCCUGACAAUACUAUGAUAUAUGUUUCUGAUUGUGGAAGAUACAGUGUGACCUGUUUGAACUUUGAUGGAAUGUUGAAAUCCAUAUACAAAGAUGAUCAACUGAAAUUUCCUCACCAACUUGCUGUUGAUGAAUAUGGAUCAGUUUAUGUGUGUGGUCGUGACUCUAACAAUGUCCAUCAAUUAUCAUGUGACCUCACCAAAGUGAAAAUACUAGAUAAAAGUCAUGGCAUAGAUACACCAACAAGUAUUGCAUACUGCCAGAAUACGAAGAGAUUAUUUGUGGGAAUGAAUGAAAGUAGUAAAAUAAAGGUUUUUAGUGUGUCACUUGAAUAAAAUACUACAUCAAUUUCAGUCUCAUAAACUGCAAUUUCUCAUAUUGCUAUAUAAUCUUUAACAGCAAUAUUCCAACACUUACUUUAAUCACACAUAAUUGACAUUCAAUUGAAAUGCUUUCAAACACAACCAUUUAGAAAAACUGUAUCAGUAUAAGGUGUGUGCAUGAGUAAGGCAAUAUUUGUCAAUAAUUAUGUGACUUCACCAAAACGAAAAUCUUGAUGGAUAAAAGCCAUGGUAAAACUUAUUCAACAAAUAUGGCAUAGUGGCAUAACAAAUACUUCAUAGUGGCAAAUAAAAAGACAUUGUGGGAAUGUGUGACAGAUUUCAAUGUGACACUAGGUUAAAAUAGGACAUUGUCCUCAGGUGAGCUAAAAAGUAUUUUAUGCCUGUAUUUUUAUACACAAAAUUGAACAUGAAAUGAGCUGUAUACAUUUCCUGAUAUUACAGUUUAUUCCUUUCAUUUUCCUUUUAAAUAGUAACACUUUUUGCCAAGUUAGUGACAUACCAAAAUUUAAUACCUAAAUCAUUGUAUGAAUAAAUUAAAUUGC